UGUGGGGAAGGCAGAGGAGAGGUGGAUGUGUUUGGAUCCUGCUGUUUUGUGUGUCAAUAAUAUGAUUUCUAUGGAGCAUUCUUGGACUUUUUCCCCAAAACUUCACAUCCUGUCCUGGAUUUGCCCAAUUUUUGUGGUGCAGACUUUAACUGGUGUGAGCACAGCUCAUCUUAGGCUGCUUCUGAACCCUUUUUUGUGACGGUUUUUUACAGAUCACUGCAAUUAUGCCUCAAUUACACUGAAAACCUCGCUCAUCCACACUGCAGGGGGACCUCACUCCAACUGAGGAAUAAAAUCCUUUGGAAUUGGUUUAGGAGAAACAAACAAACAAAAAAUUGUGAAUCCAGAGUUCUGGAGAUGCCAAUAAACUCAAAAAGCGUUUUUUUUUCCCCAUGAGUUUUGAGGAACUGUUAUUAAAAUGUUAAACCCAAGGGAAUGGAUUCCAGGGGGGAUUGAGCACCUUGUCCAACAUGGGAUCACAGACUGGUUUGGGUUGGAAGGGACCAUUUAUUUAUCCAAUUAUACAAUAUUAUCCAAUCUUUCUUUCACAAAACUGAGCAGGGAUUGGUUUUAUCUGUCUGAUUUGUGACCUCCUGCUCAGGAGGUGGGGAUGUGCAGGAAGGUCCAGGGCUGCUGAUGCUGCCUGGCAGAUGGGGCAGUUCAGCUCCUUGUCUCUUUCCAGAGCCGCCAAAUUAUGGAAAAAUCAAUCUGAGAAAUGACAUUUCUUAAAUCAGAGCUUUUCCAGCUCGUAUCAUUUGGAAAUGGACCUAAAAUCAGCUGGGGUUACAUGGAAAAUAUGUUAAAUAUUGUUAAAUAUUUCUAAACCCAGUGUGUUGACUCUUCACAGCAGCAUUUCCUUCAGAACACAACAUUUGAGGUUUGAGCUGUGUUGCUUCUCCCACCUCAGGUUUUCCAGGAAAAUAAAGAAGGAAUCAGGAAGCCCCUGGAGCGCUGCCCCGUCACCAUGGGGUCGGUGGUGUGGGAAUGUGGCUGAAAUUGUGAUAUUUAAUUCCUGCCACGGAGGACUGAGGCAAAAAAGGGGGGGAAAAAAAGGGGAAGAUUUCUCUCCCAUCUGUCUGGACUGAGCCGAGGAUGUUGAACACACAAACUCUUCCAGCUGGGAAGAGGAACCUCAAGCAAGGCCUGGGAAUAUUCCUGUGAAAAUCACGCGGAGCUGGAAGAUGUGCCGGCCCCGUUGGCGGGGUGGAAGGAUGGCUUUGGGCUGGCUGCUGCGUUCCCUGUGGAUUUUGGGGGUCUGGCUGGCCCCCACGGGAGGGCACAGCCUGUUCUCCUGCGAGCCCAUCAUCCUCAGGAUGUGCCAGGACCUGCCCUACAACACCACCUUCAUGCCCAACCUCCUCAACCACUACGACCAGCAAACAGCAGCUCUGGCAAUGGAGCCCUUCCACCCCAUGGUGAACCUGGAAUGCUCCCGGGAUUUCCGUCCCUUCCUGUGCGCCCUGUACGCCCCGGUGUGCAUGGAGUACGGGCGGGUGACGCUGCCCUGCCGCCGCCUCUGCCAGCGCGCCCACAGCGAGUGCUCCAAGCUCAUGGAGAUGUUCGGGGUCUCCUGGCCCGAGGAUAUGGAGUGCACCAGGUUCCCAGAUUGCGACGAGCCCUAUCCCCGCCUGGUUGACCUCAACCUGGCCGGCGAGCCCACGGAGGAGGCCCCGAUGGCCGUCCAGCGGGAUUACGGCUUUUGGUGUCCUCGGGAGCUGAAAAUCGACCCGGACCUGGGUUACUCCUUCCUCAGGGUCCGGGACUGCUCCCCUCCUUGCCCCAACAUGUACUUCCGCCGGGAGGAGCUGUCCUUCGCCCGCUACUUCAUCGGCGUCAUCUCCAUCGUCUGCCUCUCGGCCACCUUGUUCACCUUCCUGACCUUCCUCAUCGACGUCACGCGCUUCCGCUACCCGGAGAGGCCCAUCAUCUUCUACGCCGUCUGCUACAUGAUGGUGUCCCUCAUCUUCUUCAUCGGCUUCCUGCUGGAGGACCGGGUGGCCUGCAACGCCUCCAGCCCCUCCCAGUACAAGGCGUCCACGGUGACCCAGGGCUCCCACAACAAGGCCUGUACCAUGCUCUUCAUGGUGCUCUACUUCUUCACCAUGGCCGGCAGCGUCUGGUGGGUCAUCCUCACCAUCACCUGGUUCCUGGCCGCCGUGCCCAAGUGGGGCAGCGAGGCCAUCGAGAAGAAGGCCCUGCUCUUCCACGCCAGCGCCUGGGGCAUCCCGGGCACCCUCACCAUCAUCCUGCUGGCCAUGAACAAAAUCGAGGGCGACAACAUCAGCGGCGUGUGCUUCGUCGGCCUCUACGACGUGGACGCGCUGAGGUACUUCGUGCUGGCGCCCCUCUGCCUCUACGUGGUGGUGGGAGUCUCCCUGCUGCUGGCUGGAAUCAUCUCCCUCAACCGCGUCCGCAUCGAGAUCCCGCUGGAGAAGGAGAACCAGGACAAGCUGGUGAAGUUCAUGAUCCGCAUCGGCGUGUUCAGCGUGCUGUACCUCGUGCCCCUGCUGGUGGUGAUCGGCUGCUACUUCUACGAGCAGGCCUACCGGGGCGUGUGGGAGACCACCUGGAUCCAGGAGCGCUGCCGGGAGUACCACAUCCCCUGUCCCUACCAGGUCACCCAGAUGAGCCGUCCAGAUCUGAUUUUGUUCCUCAUGAAGUACCUGAUGGCCUUGGUGGUCGGGAUCCCCUCGGUGUUCUGGGUGGGAAGCAAGAAGACCUGUUUUGAGUGGGCCAGCUUCUUCCACGGGCGCAGGAAAAAAGAAGUCGUCAACGAGAGCCGCCAGGUGCUGCAAGAGCCGGACUUCGCGCAGUCGCUGCUGAGGGACCCCAACACCCCCAUCAUCCGCAAGUCCAGGGGCACCUCCACCCAGGGCACCUCCACGCACGCCUCGUCCACCCAGCUGGCCGUGAUGGAUGACCAGAGGAGCAAGGCCGGCAGCGUCCACAGCAAAGUCAGCAGCUACCACGGCAGCCUGCACCGCUCGCGGGACGGACGGUACACUCCCUGCAGCUACAGGGGCGUGGAGGAACGACUACCUCACGGCAGCAUGUCCCGGCUGACCGACCACUCCAGGCACAGCAGCUCGCACCGCCUCAACGAGCAGUCGCGGCACAGCAGCGUCAGGGACCUCAGCAGCAACCCAAUGACACACAUCACACACGGCACCAGCAUGAACCGGGUCAUCGAGGAGGAUGGCACCAGCGCCUGAGCGGCUCCGAGGGCUCAGGCUGCCGGCAGGGCUCGUGGUGCCUUCCUUCCGCGCUCAGUGUUACCCUCAGCCUCUCGCCAGGUGCUGAAUUCGGGCGUCGGGAAGCCAGGGUCGGCUUCUCUGCUGUGGGACUUGCCUCGGAGCUGUCUUGAGUCACUGAGUAAAAAAGCUGGUUGUCUCCUCUGAACCUCUCUGGAGGUAAUUAUUUAUUUGAUAACUGUUCCUCAUCAGACACAACUGCUGAAUUUCUUACUCUCUGUGGAAAACAAUCUCCCCCUUCCUUCUCUCUCCCUCCCUCCGUGGGCUCCGCGUGUCGGAAAUCAGCGGGGCCGUGCUGGGAGUUGUUCUGAUGAGGGAACUCUUGCUGGCUGAAGGAAUCCCUCCGUGCAGCUCCCUCGAGGGGACACGUCCAGCGCUGCCUGAGGGACGUCUGUGUGACCCGGCAGCGUUCGGUCACGCUGGAAACGCCACGGGAAGGAGCGUUCUGGAGAAGGAAACUCCUCUGAGGAUCACCAGCUCUUCCCAGAGCUGGCCAGGCUCAGUUGUCCACAGGGUGGGGGGAAGAGAGAGGGCAGGGCAGAGCGAUUUUUUUAUAACUUGUACUGUCCUUGCUUUUUUACAAAAGACUAUUUAAAUUUUCUACUCGUUUACAAUUUCCGUAGGAAGAGAUGGGUUUUAAAAGCAGUUAUCUAGAUAAUAUUCAGCCAUUUAUUUUUUAGAGUCAUGUACAAAAGCUGAGAUUGCCUGUUCCCGAUCUAUUUAAAGAAAAAAGAUUAUCAUAGAAAAGCUGAAUUUGUCACCCAGGCAGGAAUGUACAGCCUGUUGUCACAGCCAGAGCUGAGCCUGUUUACAAAGCCCAGCAGCUGAGGCCAGGAGGACCAGAGGAGUUUAUUCAAGGAUUCCCCACCUUCCUCGUGAUGUCACGGUUUGGGGAGGAUCCUCUGCGCUGAGCAAGAAUCCAGAGAUGGCUGGGAGAAGCUGAGGCAGGAGCUGCCCCCAGAUGGGGAAAAACGAGGAUGUGGCAGCUGGAAGCCCAGGGAGCUCCUUGAGGAGGAGACAGGAUCCGCAGUUCAGGGAUCUUGGUUACGGAUCCACCUCUGCUGUGGCUGUUUUCAUCCCCUGCUGCAGAUCCAUGGUAGAGAAUUCUCAAUUUGGGCUGGUUUUGUGUGUGGCAAGGAUCCGUUGGGAUACCCCGGAGGCAGAAUUGGAGGAUGGUGCUGGAGAUCUUCUGGAGCACCUCCCGGGGAGAUUGAUCCAGCACGAGGAAACCCUGCUGGCGUGCAAACCUACCUCAGUAAUUGCUGCAGAUCACUGCUGGGAAAUGAAUCCUUAUUUUUGCAUUGUCCUUCCAUAAUUCCCUCCCUGACCCGGUGGAGCCUUGUUGAGCAGCCUUUGUGCACCAACCUCGAGGGCAGGGCCAGGGCAGGAGCUGCUCCACAAUUAACUCAUUUUAAUUGCAGCCGAUGACACAGCGGCAGAGCUCGUAACCUGUGUGCUGUGGAAUCAAAGGCUGCCCCGGGAGCUCCCAGACAGAUUUAUCCCAAAUUCAGCGGCUCGGCUCGGAGGAGAAGACAAACGGAGCCCAGCGUGGAAUAACAAAGCUCUUUGUUGUGGGCCCGGGAGGGAGGUGCUGCAGGCAGGGCCCUGGGGCAGAGCAGGCUCUGUUUGCUCAGCAAACAGCCCCGGGGCCCGGGGAUACCUGUCCAGCUCUGCAAAAUCCUUUGGGCUCACUUCAACUGGAGAAGCUUCAACUCCCUGGAGACCCCAAGGGUGGAACCUUGGCUGUUUUCAAAUCCAGCUCCUCCCGACCCAGAGGGGUGAUCUGGUAGGAAUCCGGAUCUGCAGAAGCUGAGUUUUCCUAAACACUGGAACCAAACUAAAUAAGCUCAAGGGUUUACAAUGAUCCUCUUGGCUCCAUUUCCUGUACCUUUUUUUUUUUUUUAUUUUUAUUUUUUAUAAAUUGCAGCAAUGCUUUGACUUGUUUGGAGACAGGGAGAGGAACUUGGAGAUGGAGCUUGGACAGGAUGGAGCUUGGAGAAGGAUCCUGCUGGGAAUGUUGUUAAUUUGUGAGGCCCAGUCCCAGUACUGCUUCCAGAUGGGAAUAUCCAAGUCAUUCCUUGCUCAUGGGUGCUAAAGGGACAGGCUCCUGUCACCCCAGGGAGGUGAUAAUACCUCAAACUGCAGUUCUGGCUGGGCUUUUUGUCUCCCUGCCCUCUCCCCUCUCCCUUCAACACCUGAGCCAGCGCGCUGUGUUCUCUUGGCAGAGCGUUCCUCCCGGGAAGAGCAUUCCUCAGCCAGGGAAGAGUGUCCCAGCCCUGCUGCAGCUCCCCAGCUGGGGUCCACAGGGCUUCAGCUCCCAAAUCAUCCUGGCCAGGAGCUCUGAAGGCCAUUCCAGUUCAAAUGUGGUCCCACAGGGGCACCAGGGGUGGUUUUGGGCUGCUUUCCUACCUGCUGCCAGCUCCAGCCCAGGUGCCGGGUUUAUGGGAUCGGUGCCAAGCUUUAAAUUCCCCCCGAGCUGAAACCCCUGGCCAGGAGGGCGUUUCUGCAGUCACCCAAGUGCUCGGGGCUCCCCGGGUGUCCUGCAGCGCUUUGUCCCUCCCCAGCUGCCACCAGGAGCUGCAUCCUCUGUCCCUUCUCGCAGGGAGCAGGCAGGGAGGCUGCACAGGGCCUGGCUUCUCCAGCUCCAGUUAUCCCAGACUCCAUCCCUCUGCCCCCCACCAUGGCUGCAGCCCCAAACUCCGCUCGGUGAAACUGCUCCGUCAGAGCUUCCUGCAGAACGCACGACUCCUCAUCCCCAGCAUCCCCAGGGAUCUCCAGCUCCUCUUUUCCCGACUGCGCUGACAACAGAUCCCCCCGAGUUUGUGCUGUUCCUUCUUUCUCAGUCCCUCCACAGCUCCCGUGAAACGUCCCCGAUCGGAGCUGCGGUCGUGUUGCAUGGAGGAGGCCGCUCCUCUUUUUUAAGGCAUAAACAACCCAAGAGCAGCAAGCAGCCACAUUCAGGUGUCAGUGCGUUUGUGUUCUCACUGUCGUGUUCCAGCACAAAUCCCGGAUUCUGUGCUGGAAGCCUUGAGCCACCAGCUCCAGGGGGGUCAGUGGUGAGCGCAGGAUGGCACUGGGAGGCUGAAAUCCGGGCAUGGCCAAGUCCAGCACCGCUCCCGAGUUGUUCCAGCAAGGAGGGAAGGGAAAAUCCCUCAGGAAGGGCACGAGGAGAAGGCCCAGGCCAGGGGGGAUUCUCCAGCCCAGCUCCAGCGCACUGAGGAUCCCAAAACGCAUCAGGCAGCUCCGUCUGUGCGGUGAAACCAGGGCACAGAGCAGAGGAGACAUCCCCAGCUCCACCCCGAGCAGCAGAAUGUCCAGUUGAAUGUGAAGCUUUACCCCUCUCCCCUCGUGCUUCUCUCCAGACGGGAUCGAUGGUCCCCGAGGCGCAGGGUUCUCCCGGGUUUUGCCGGUGGGCCCGGUGCCUCUCCCAGCCCUUCCCGUUGUUGAGACAACGUCCAGCUCCUCAGGAGAGGGGAAGGCGCUCCCGGGAGAUCCCUGCGUGGUGGAAUGUGUGGGGCAGUCCCUGCCCGAGGCUGACCCCACUCGCACUCGGCUCUUGCUAGACUUGUUUACAGUAGUCCAGUGUGGGUUUUGUAACGUUUAAUUUUUAGCACUUUAACUGUGAGUGUACAAACUGGUUCCAUUGUAGUUGGUGUACAUUUUCAUUUUAGAGCUUUGGAAGUUUUUAAUAAAACCAUGGAAAAACCCUGGCAACGGGUUUUCAAUUCUUCUCCUGCGGGUGUAAUCCUACCCCCCUUAAAAACCCCCGGCUGAGCAGCAGUUGAGAUAUAAAGGUUAAAUAAUUAAAUAUCAGGUUUUACUCUGGCCAGCAGCUCUCUGAAUUUGAAGAAAGACUUUGUAGACUUAAUCUGCCUCCACCAUCUGCACUCGUGGACGCCGGGCACCCUUCCAGCAAACACAAUUUCGGGCUCUGGGUUGCUCCGCCCUUUUACGAGAGCAGCCCUCUCAAAACCAGCAGCGUUUCACGGGCAGAGAGGAGCGCAGAGCAAACAGGUUUGGGAGCAGCAAUGCCAGGGAUGUCUGGGAUUUUUUAUUGCCAAAUCCAACCCGAGGACAGGAUGACUGAUUUAUCUGGAGGAGCUGUCUGGCACCUGGGCGGAUACGCGGUUGUUUUGGGUUGGAAGCCUUCUGCUGAGCCUCGCAUGGCUGGUGAUGAAAUAACUCCUCUCACUAAUUACUGCUGCUGGUUUAGGUCUCGGUAGAUAAAUAGUUCAGGGAUGAAACUUCAGGAGUUGCUGGUCUGCUCCAUCUUCCCUGAAUUUAAACUCUGGUGGGUUGUGAGUGACAAGCUGUGAAGUCACAAAAGAUGUGAUCUCCUGCAGUCCGGGAGGGUUCCCCGCAGCUAAACCCGUCAGGGUGGGGAGUGGGAGCUGACAGCAUUUCUCUGCCCUCUGUGCUGCAUUGCCGGCUCCCAGAGGGGCUCAUGCAGGACGUGGGGAGGAGAUGGAGUCACCUGCAGCUUGUUUGGCCCUCCCGAGGAGGUUUAAGGAGCUGCAGGUGAGGGAGGAGCUGGAGGAGCAGCGAGGAGUUAUCUCCAGCUCAGAGCUCCAGCCCUGUGGGAUAAAACCGGCAGCCCUGGAGCGUGACCGGCCGGGAUCCGCGUUUCCAACGCCCUCGGCUGCCGGUCCGACUGGUUUUUGUGAUAACGCUCCAGACACCUUG